AUGUCAUCAUCAACAAAACAACCGCACUACGCCACAAGCGGCUUAGUAAUCGGUUACGCUCUCUGCUCAAGCUUGCUAGCAAUAAUCAACAAAUACGCCAUCACACAGUUCAACUACCCCGGUCUCUUAACCGGUCUCCAGUACCUCACUUCAUCUCUCGGCGUUUACCUUCUCGGAAAAUUAGGGUUUCUUCAUCACGAUCCUUUCACUUUCCCGAUCGCCAAGAAAUUCUUCCCCGCCGCACUCGUUUUCUUCCUCGCUAUCUUCACCAACACCAAUCUCCUCCGUCACGCUAACGUUGAUACCUUCAUUGUUUUCAGAUCUCUUACUCCUCUCCUUGUUGCUCUCGCCGAUACAGCUUUUCGAGGUCAAAAUUUGCCUUCUAAUCUCACUUUUUUCUCGCUUGUUGUUAUUCUUGCUGGUGCUGUUGGUUACGUUGCUACCGAUUCGGGUUUUACUCUGACUGCUUAUUCUUGGGCUUUUGCUUAUUUGGUUACGAUUACUACUGAGAUGGUUUAUAUUAAGCAUAUGGUUAUGAGUCUUGGCUUGAAUACUUGGGGUUUUGUUCUUUAUAAUAAUGUAUUGUCUUUGAUGAUUGCUCCGUUUUUUUGGUUUCUUACCGGGGAGAAUUUUGAGGUUUCGAAUGCCAUUAAUUCGAGUACCGGGAGUUUGUUUGAGUUGAAUGCGGUUCUUGCGGUGGCUUUGUCUUGUGUGUUUGGUUUGCUUAUUAGUUUCUUUGGAUUUGCUGCGAGGAAAGCGGUUUCGGCGACUGCUUUUACAGUUACUGGAGUUGUGAAUAAGUUUCUAACUGUGGCGAUUAAUGUGACGAUUUGGGAUAAGCAUGCUAGUCCGGCGGGUUUGAUUUGUUUGCUUUUUACUAUAAUUGGAGGAGUUCUUUAUCAGCAAUCGGUGACUGGGAGUGGUUCGCAACAACGGGAGGCUGUGGUGGUGAGUAAGCAGGCUGAUAUUGAGAGUGAUUUUGUUGGUGAUGGUGAUUUGGAAGAUGAGAGUGAAGUAAAGGUUUGA